AUGGCAAAGAUGCAAGCGGUGGAGGCAUUCGAUCGAACAAUGCAAGACAUCAUAAGGGUGGCACUCCCAUUUAGCGGAAAGAUAAUGGUUUUGGGGGGUGAUUUUAGACAAGUAUUACCGGUCGUGAGGCAUGGAACCCGAGCACAUAUAGUAGAUUAUAUCUUAUGGAUGUCACCUCUUUGGCCAACGAUUAAAAAGAUACGGUUAACGUUCAAUAUAAGAGCACACACUGAUCCGUGGUUUUCAGAAUUUUUAUUAAGAAUCGUUGAUGGAGAUGAAGAAGCGGUGGACGAAAGCUUUAUUCGCAUACCGGAUGACAUGACCAUUCCCUACACUGAUAAAGGUAAGUCAAAAGAUGCGUUGAUUGACGCAAUCUUUCCAUCUCUGCAAAUCAACGGAGCUGAUUCAGAUUAUAUCAUUUCGAGGGCGAUAUUAUCAACUAAAAAUGAGAAUGUCGAUGAGAUUAACGAUCAGUUGAUCGACAAGUUUUCUAGAGAUGAAAAAAAUAUACUACAGCAGUACAGCUUAGACGAAGCAGAAGAUGAUAAGAAUAACAUCUAUCCGAUGGAUUUCUUAAACUCUUUAACUGUUGGUCGUUUGCCUCCUAAUUACCUUCGUCUCAAGAUUGGAUGCCCAAUAAUAUUGUUACCAUCAAAUGGAUUAUGUAAUAGCAGUGUAUUGAUAUGUAGAUGCCCAAUAAUAUUGUUACCAUCAAAUCCCUUAUGUCUGUUCGAAGACAACGUGUUCUCAAUUAAGCUAAAGAGAAAACAGUUUCCAAUUCGGCUUAGCUUUUCUAUGACAAUCAAUAAAGCUCAAGGGCAAACAAAUCUGAAUGUAGGUGUUUAUCUACCGAAAUCAGUAUUCUCGCACGGACAACUUUAUGUGGCGUUGUCUAGAGGGAUAUCACGGGGCAAUAUAAAGGUGUUAGUGAAGUAUGUUAAAAAAAAUUAUCGUGUCGAAGUCUACACCUCAAAUGUCGGCUAUCAAGAAGUUUUGCGUGAUGAAUAA